ACGCUAUGUACGUUUAGUGGGCCACUGAACGGCGGCGUUGGUGUUUUAUUGUUUCCAUCAGCCUAGAAAACCCAGCCAUUGUUCGCUUACCUCUGACUCGAUUGAACGUUAUAACAAAAAGGUAGGAUGCUCUCUGUCUUCAUUUAAACAAUAGUCACACUGCUCUACCUCAAGCAUUGGCAAACGACACAAUGUCAGCCAAUACUGAGCAGCCUCCAUGGAUGAGCGCAAAUGAUGUUGCGUCCCGUGAAAAGUAUCGGGCCUACUGUGCUUACAGAGGACACACUUUGGACGACUUGAUCGAGAUGGGCUUGGAACAAGGCAAAGACAUGGAUAUACUUCUCCAGAGGCACUUGCUUGGUCAGCCGAACGAGCUCGAUCGAGAUCACUUCGUUGCCACUUUGGACGGCUAUACCUACUUUGGAGAAUUUAUGUGGUAUUGGAAUUUGCCAUUGACUUUCCCCCCUCGGGGGCUUCAAUCCCCGUCUAUAUGCAAAUUUAUUAUUUGCGACGGUCGUGUCCCUGACAUGGACACGUUUGACGGCGAUGGCAAUGCUGCGAUAGACAGAUUGUACCAAGAACAGGUGCGUCUCGAGGCCACCAACGAUAGGAUCGAGAGGGCAAGAGCUGCGAUUCGCAGCAGGGAGCAGAUUGCGGCAUCACAGCUUGCCAGAGCUAUGCUCACACAUUACAAUAAGCAAGUGGAAGAACAAGGCUCUUACAACAUCAUGGAAGCAUGGAAGCUUAUUGAGCCGAAACGACCUGUCUGGAUUAAAGAGAUAUAUGAAGGAAGCCGCGAAAAGUAUGGGUUUGUUGUCUUUGAAUCCUCCAAGUUGCGAAAUAGGCCACUCCAGGCAAUCGUGCAAUGGUACCGCACAUUUAACGGCCAAAAUUGUGUAGAUGAAGGAUUUCUUACGGGCUACCCACACGCCAGAUACACCGUCAUGGAUGGUGGUAAGUUACGCUUUCGCUGGACGAUGCGAUGGGAAAAGGAACCUGUCGAUGAAGACGACCCGGAGUCGAUGAAAAAGCGGUUUAUGGAUCUCGUACCCUCACUGCCGAAAAAGAUGUCCAAAACGACCUUUCUGGUCGUUACAGACGACUGCAUCUUUCCGGAACUUGAGACAAAUCAAUUGUGGCUGACCAAACUCCUUCGCUGGCCCAACGAUAGACAGGAGGGCAAAAUCGCCUAUCAAGACCUGCCGCCCUUUUAUAUCUGGGCCUACGAUGCUGCGUGGACGCCGCCAACUGGCAAAGCCGCCAAAGAGCCCUUUGACGGCUACGAGGGCCGCAUACGCGUAGACAGUACAGUACUGCUGUCAUGGUUCUACUACGCAAGGACAUGGACCGACUUGACUAUGAGGCAACUUUGGGAAAAGGCAGACCGCAGUCCGCAUCAAGUAUGGCACGUUCAAGAAAACCUGGCAAAUAGGGCAGAGCCCGAAGCUCUGGUAUAAGCUAUAUACAUACAUACAUAUACAUACCUAUAUACCAUCAUCGUUACCCUCUCUAUGUACU